CUGCACGCCGGCGCUCGGGAAAGAAGCCCCUUCCGCCCUCGGCACGGUCCCGCCCCACGACCCGCUUCCGCUUCCUGCACUCAGCCCCGCGCUCCGUGGGGCGGUGCAGCUCUCGGCGGGCCGGGAUUGGCCCGGGUGCCGGAGGCUGGGGCGCGCAGGCACCCUGGGCCCAGCUGCGGGCGAUGCUGCUACGGAACGUGGCCCGGGGAUCCCUGGCGGUGGCCGCAGGUGCCCGCUGCUCGGGGCCAUGCCGACUCUCCAGCUGGGACUGGCGCCAAAGGCUUCCUGGAGGCGGCAGCAUUCUGCGCAGGUACCAUGGCCGGACCCCAGUGAAUGAAGGCAGAGCUUUCGGGAAGGACCAUGUGGAGGUGGGCUCCCAAACAGGUGCAGAUGGCACCCAGCAGCCCAAGUCCUCCCUGCCCAGUGGGGGCCCCUCAGAACCCUCAUACCCUCCGCCACCCGAGCUGCAGCCCCCCACAAACUGCUGCCUGAGUGGCUGCCCCAACUGCGUGUGGGCAGAGUACGCAGAGGCACUGCUGCAGCACUACCAGGAUGGCGGGGAGCGGGCCCUGGCCGCCCUGGAGGAGCAUGUGGCUGACGAGACCCUCAAGGCCUUCCUCAGGAUGGAGAUCCGGCUCCGUAUGCGGAGUGGACGCUGAGCCGGCCUGGCGGGACUCCUCCCCCCACCAGCUCCAGCCCACCAGCUCCUACCCAGGACGCGGCACGGCCGUCUCUACACGUGGCCCCUUCAUGGGACUUGUGGCGGGGUAUUGGAAGAAUUAUUUAUUGACUUCACCUGAGAAUAAAUAAGUUCUCUGGUGGUGAGACA